CAGGACGCAGAAAUUUCCAGCACGAGUGUGGAUGGAUGUGUCUGUAGUGACGGAAUCAACUGCUAUGAUGAUAAAGUCAUCCCUAUUUUAAGCAUUUGAUGCGGGCCGUUCAUUGGCCUCGGCACUUGCCGAUUGACUUGGCCCCUUUUCCUUUCACCACCAUAUAGGCGAUGGUAAAAGCGUUUCAUUGCCUUCCUCAAUGUCCCUCGAGCAACAACCCAAGUCCCUACGUCGACGGAGCCUCAAUAUACUACUUCAAGUCCCUAUUCUCUCUCGUUCCCACGCCCCAUUAACGAUAUCAGCACCUCAAGCCAUCGGCACGCUUCCAGCAGACAUCAUCCUCGAAAUUGCAAACCUGCUAUGGAGGGAUGAUCUGCUCAAUCUGAGCUUGACUUCAUCUUAUCUGCGCGCGCUUCUCAUGCCGGCGCUCUAUGACACUGUCGUUCUCACCUCGAGCAGGACGUGUCGCAAGACACUCAGGAUGCUCCAACGGCGCCCUGAGGUUUGUCGCUAUAUCCACAAACUUGCGGUGCGGCCGAAUUACUACCUUGCGUGGCCAAGGCCAGAUGAACGGAUAGAUGAAGAUUGGGUUGCGAGUGCAGUGGAGAGCAUUGCGCAAUCCCUGGUGAUCAUGCAUACGUUUGACUGGGACGGGCUGGAAAUGCCGAAGGAUUCUCUCUGGCGGACGCUGCGGCUUUCGUGUCCGCAGUUACGAACGGUAUACAGCAAUGUCGGGCAUCUACCCUUAGACCCAGAAAGCGAACUCUUCUCUUUCAGGAAUUUAAAGAGCUUUUCGUUGACGGUUAGGCACGGUCUAGGUGGAUCCGAGCUGUUCCCAUCAAUGGAAGCGCUCCCAGAGAGGAUGUGGAAUAUGCUGUUGAAUAACACUCCCGACCUCGAGGAGCUCUCACUCUGUAGCUUUUCGACUUCCGCGCGGCUAUUUGAUGUCUCUCCCGUUACGACGGGUACCUGGCCGAAACUUGCGACCCUCACACUCGGUUCGUUCGGGUACCAAGAUGACUUUACCCUCAGUCCACCAAACGACGUUGCAUUUGGGAAUUUCCUUUCCAGCCACUCUACGUUGAACUACGUCCGGUUUGCAUGGAACUUUAAACAGUGGCUCUCCCCGGAUAACGUACCGACAUACCUUGGCUCUGAUGCUCUGCCAAAGUUAUCGACGUACGUCGGGAUCUACCAACAGCUAGCGGAGCUUCCUCAUCCGGAGAGCAUUACGUCCCUCGAUCUUACGUGCGAACCGCUUUACGACUCGCGGAUGCCCAUGAUCUGCCCUAUCCUCCGGACGCUCACGUCUCUCACCUCCCUUGACAUCUGGAUGCACAUCCCCGAUGACGCGCCCUUAUCCGACUGCGAAUUCGUCCGGCCCAUCCUGCUCUCUUGCCGCAAGCUGGUAGAGUUUCAUUUCAUGUGUACGACGGCGUUCCGGGUGAGACAUCUCUCCGCGAUGCUGGGGCUGCUUCCUGAGUUAAAGACGUUCUCGGUGACAAAGGGACACCGGUAUGGGGAGAGGGAGAAGAUGAGGGAUACGGCUGUGGGCGUGGUGAGGCAUAUUCCUGGGUUGAGCCAGGUUAACGUGAGAUGGGCUAGGGAGAGGUGUAGGAAUCAUUUAAAGCAGGAGGGGACUUAUGAUGUCAUUAAGGGAACAGAUGGAGGAGGACAGGUAGAACGAUUGGGAGUGUACGAGCGAGGUGUUACGGUAUGGGGUGUGGCGUUUAAGAGGAGGUACAUGUAUGAGGUGAAGGAGCCGAGGUAUGUGGGGCGAUCUGUGGUGCAGGUGGUGAGUCGAAAGUAACGGAUUUUUGGUCUGUGUUAUCUAUCUUAUCUACUCGUGUCCAAAUUUUGGUUUUUGUUCAUGCUAUUCAUGUUGUUGUAUAUAUAUAUGUACUAUGGAAAAUCUAUCAACAGACAUUUAUGGUUACAAUUCUAGACUGCUAUGUAGCUGGCAACAGAGAUAUUCGGGUCUGGUUCGCUCAUCAGUUUCAUUUCGUUGUUGAAAACGUGUGGUACAACUCCAGCUGGUAACCAGUGUUAAUAAUAUACGUUCUAAUUACAGCUUACACCUCUGAGCGCUAUCGCGCAGUAUAUUAAAAAUGACAUCCCCAACCUUGUCUGGGGCUUCCUGUACAACCUAGGAGACGGGAUUGUUAUCAAUGUUCCUCUUCCCCUGGUGGCAGGCU